CGCCGGCGCCACUCAGUACAUUCUCAACCGGCGACGGAGACACGCGCUGACACAAUUUAAAUAAAUUACGAUAACAAAAAAAUAUAUUAAAUGUGGUUUGUGUGUUGAGGACAACCUUGUGUUUAGAUUCACAAUUUGUAACCGGCGCGUACGCUAAAAGUCGGCGUUAGUUGGUGAAGGUGCUAACUGUGGAUUAAGUACUGUUUUCCCGCAAAGUGCAUUUCGGUGGACACCAUGGUACAAAGAGUUGCUACGGACGAGCGGCCUUUCGAGACCCCGUCUUCCGAUGAGAGCGGCUUGGGGAGAGACUCCCCUACUGAUGACUCUGAGCCUGAAGCUGCUUUGGUCGUCCCUCCAGAUGGAGGCUGGGGCUGGGUGGUUGUUGCUGCUUCUUUCCUUUGCAACUUCAUCGUCGAUGGUAUACUUUUCUGUGGUGGAUCUUUCCAGAAACCCAUUCAGAAUGAAUUUAAUGUGACGGGGGGAGUGGUGGCACCAGUUUUCUCAUUACUACAGGGAUUUUAUCUUAUCGCUGGUCCGUUUGCUUCUGCCUUAGCAAAUAAGUAUGGUUUUCGUGUUGUGACGAUUUUGGGAAGUAUGAUAACGGCAAGUGCGUUUACGUUGUCAUAUUUUGCGACCAGCGUUGAGUAUUUGUACCUUAUCUAUGGAGUAAUGGGAGGUAUUGGUUUCUGUAUGAUAUACAUGCCGGCCGUGUUGACUGUCGGUUUCUACUUCGAGAGAUGGCGCGCUUUAGCCACAGGCUUGGCACUUUGUGGCUCCGGAGUCGGUACCUUUGUGUUCGCACCGCUGACCGACUCUCUUAUCGAGAACUAUGGUUGGAGAGUUGCCGUUGCAAUUAAUGGAGCAUUCCUUCUCAUCUGUCUGGUUUGCGGUCUCGCAUUCAGGCCCAUACAACCUGUCAGGGUGACCUUGGCAGACCAAAGAGAAGAAGAUGAUACCUCGCGGCGACACGAGGAAGCUGUCGAGAAACUUAACUCCAUGCUCAAACUCCACAACAAACUGGACUCAGGAAUCUCAAUGCCCCCAGAAAUGAGAUUCACCAACCGAGUCAGCCCUCACACGUGGAUGGGAGUCGCCAAUAACACUAGGUACCCGACUGCCGAAGAAGUCUUCCGGGGAAGCAACUCACAUCUCAGCAGAAGGUCGUCCGCAACGGCCGGCACGAUCAAACAUAAUUGUAAGCCUCUCUUCAUCGCCAGUUCGGUGGCCGAGAAAGACGAACAGGAGGACUCUAACAGCAACGUCGACAAUGCCGAGCCACUGAUUGCUAGUUCUGUUAAAGUUGUCACGCGUGAGGCUCGCCCUCGCCGAUCCCAUCUCGAUUUGGUCGCACGCCCUCUGUAUCGAGACGACAUCUUUUUCGGGGGCAGUCUCGCAAGGCUGCCUCAAUACACGUCUAGAACGUCGCUCGGGUACCACUUGGCCGUGACGCACGUCCCGACAAAGGAGGAUACACAAGAGGAACAGUCUGGAAAAUGUCAACUCUGUCCGGAAGCGGUGAGACGAGCGCUCGCUACCAUGCUGGACGUGAGCUUGUUCCGGUCGCCGACGUUUAACAUACUGGCGAUAAGCGGAUUCUUCACUAUGUUAGGAUUCUUCGUGCCUUACACAUACGUAGCUCAGAGGGCAGAAGACAACGGCUGGACCAAAUCGAAGAGCGUUUGGUUGAUAUCGACGAUCGGCAUCACAAACAUCCUCGGACGUAUUGGUUGUGGGCUGGUUUCCUCUAUGCCGAAGGUGUCUCCUCUGUGGUUGAACAACAUCGCUCUUACUGCUGGUGGCGUGGCUACGAUGAUGAGUGGACUGUAUUUCAAUGAGAUCUAUCAAUUCGGAUACUGCGCAAUCUUUGGGCUAGCUGUCGCGUGUUUCGCAUCCCUUCGUUCAAUCUUGGUGGUGGAGUACAUAGGUCUAGAGCAGUUGACCAACUGCUUCGGUUUGUUCCUGCUCUUCCAGGGCCUCGGAGCUGUGUUAGGUGUUCCAAUAGCAGGUGCUCUAAUGGACCUAACUCAUAGCUACACCAUAUCAUUCUGUGUGUCUGGCGGUUUCUUAAUAUUGUCUGCCGUAAUGUGUUACCCAGUGGACUACAUCAGUCGGUGGGAGAAAUCUAGGAGCAAACUGUCCACCCCAAAAGUCUGAUAUAUGAGAAAUCGAGUUGUGAUUCCAACACACCAGGUUUCUGGUAGAAUUUUUAGUCCGUUUUAGGACGUAAAUGAAAGAAGAUGCGAAAUGGUUCUCCAUAACUUAUCCACAAAUUAAAAAACUUAACACACGUUUCCAUAAUAAUAGAUUAUUUAUAUUGUACUCUAAAGACAAAGCAUAUUUAUACUAAUAUAGGCUUUAACACAUAACUUUUUAUUCACAAUUAAACGACCUAUUGUAAAUAAAACAUACUUAGAAAUAAUAUAAUUCCAGAACAAAAAGUUAUUGAAGAAUUGAAACCAUUUCGUAUUCCUUCUUUCAUAUUAGGUGAACACUGCCUCUCCGCGGUUUAUUUUUAAGUGGCCUUUGACGAAUCAAAUCCUUCCAUGAACCUAUUUUAUAUGUAUUUUAAUUUUUGUACUUAUGUUGUAUUUUGUACGUCAGUCUUGUACAGAUAAUAGAAUGUUCCUGUUCUGAAACUCGCAGCUGUCAAUACCACCUGACAGUUACACCUUCAUGGCGGUUUCCAUAACAGCCAAAUCUUAGCCAAAUCGAGAAAAAGAAGCUCGUCUUUUGGAACUAGUUGAUAGUCAACAGCCAAAUUAUUUUUAAGAAAUUGAAACUCUAGUUUUGUACUUAAACGAACAUCACGUAGAGAUUAAUUUUUAUUGGAAUGUACGAAUAAUAGAGUGACACAUUGGAGCCCAAAAAUUGUGAUGGUAGAGUUUGUGCAUUUAAAUUAGUUAAGUAUAUAGUUUAGUUUUAAAAGUACAAAGCGAGAAAUAUAUUUAUGACGUGCAAUAUAUCUACUUGAAUCACGUCAUUGAAUGUUUAAUAACUAUAUGGAAAUUUCAAUAUUGACAUAUGAUUUACGAAUUUUGGAGAAUAAUCUUGUCAGGGUACCAUAAACCCGAAUUUGAAGUGCCUUACUAAUUUAAAUAUUAAAUGUGUACACAAUAAUAAAUAAAUAAAGUAGAAAAGUAAAGUACCUACCUAGUUUCCUAAAGUUCUUGAAUAUCAAUCAAGUAUGAAUUGAAAGAGUUUUUGAAUUAUAUACGUUUAUGACCCUUAAAUCAAUUUAUCAUUAGAUUAAGGCGUAAUGUUUAAAAACGUGUGAUUAUAAAUUAUAUUUUAAAUGUAUGUGCCUUAUUGUAAGUUGUUAUGACGUAGACUGUUAUCUUUUAUUGAAGAUAAAUUAUAUUUUGUCUACAUGCAGGAUUACUCUUACUUUUAAUAUGCCUAUUGUACUUGAUUCCUUUAUAAUUUAUUAAUUAUGUAUUUUACAGGACAAGCUGUUAAUAGCAUUACAACACAUAUAAUUAUUUCAAUUAAUAAAACGCAAUGUAAUUUGUAAAUUUUUAUCCAUUCUGGUAAUUUCUCCACAAAUCUUGUAUGUAUCCUUAGUAGGUAAUUGAUUAUCACUAUGUUGCUUGUAGAAUACAAUGAUAACUGAUAUUUAGAUAACUGUGGCUGUGGUUUGUAGAAAUAUAUGUAAAAUCAUAGUCAUAUUUAGCUUCUUAUUAUUGUUUACGAAUUCACAAACUCUGGCUUACGGGAAAUGCUAUAUUGGGUUAAUUAUUUCUUUAAAAACACGAACCCGGUUCAAAGAAGUACAACCAAUUUCAUAAGAUGAAAGAAAUUCAAGAAAUCUUUUAGGAAUUUAGUAAUUGCCUAUGUAUUACAUAUUUGAAUAUAAUAUUUAAAAACUUUGAACUAUUGUGACUAUGAUUUUAAUUUAAACAGUAAACUCCACAGUGCCAUAAGUUUAAACUCGGUAACAUUUCCCCACAUUAUUUUAGAUUUAGUUGUAACAGUAUAUCCAAUAAACUUGUUGUUAUUA